CGCCAUAUUUUGUCUGACCUUAUGCCACAAACACAUUAGUGUACACAAAAAGUGCAAAUAUACACCACAGCGAAGAGGAAAAUACGCUGAAAUGCAAGUGCAUCGUGGAAAAGAAUGAAGCAGAUGGGGCAGACAUGUUUGGAAUACAAGCAUCAUUCCAGGUAUCUCGUGGGAACAUAAUGGAAAAAUAGCCCAACAUCUGCUUGGAUAUGUCCUUGGAUUCAGCAAUGUAUUCCCAAAAGGCCAUAAAAUGCUUCCUGGAAUCUAAUGGACACAAUAUCUCAAUAUGCAUGCUUUUUUGGAACUUAUCCAAGCCAGUGAGAAGGCAACCAAGUUAAGGCUAUAAUGGGAAUUCCUCCAGGCAUCUAAUAGAUAAAAACAAUGCCUUCUCUAUAGCUACAGCAACUUAUUGUAAAACCUCUGUGUGCUUCUUCUUUUGCCCAAUACAAUCUUGUUCUAGACACUAAUAUUCCCACUAAAUUUCAUAUUCCCAGGACAAAUGGUUAGAGCUCAUUACAAGCAAGACAGAAUCAGUUGAAGAUUUAAAGCUAAAAGUUGGCAACAAUGGCUGUUCUAAGGGUGAAGUUCACUAAAAGCCAGAGGGACAAGCUGGCCCAGAUUCUGUGGUUGCUAAACUGGGUCUCUGUGGUGACUGGGAUCAUCCUCUUCAGCCUGGGCCUGUUUCUCAAGGUGGAGAUCAACAAGAAAGGGGAGCUAAUGGCCGAGCGGGAGAUUCACGCUGUGCCAAACAUGCUUAUCGCAGUGGGGCUGAUAGCCUGUGUAAUCAACUUCAUAGGAGGAAAGAUCUGCUACGACUGUGUGGACACCAAUAAGUUCUUGCGCUGGAAGCUGAUGAUUCUGCCCUACAUCAUUUGUACGUUCUUCUUCACACUGUGCAUACUGGUUGGAGCUCUGAUGUGCUACACAAUGCAUGGGCAACUUGAGGAGGCUCUAGCACUGGGACUCAGCGAUGCCAUGCGCUUCUAUAAAGACACAGACACACCAGGGCGGUGCUUCCUGAAACGUACUGUGGAUCUCCUGCAGAUUCAGUUCCAGUGCUGUGGGAAUAAAGGCCCCAGAGACUGGUUCCAGAUCCAGUGGAUCAGCAACAGCUACUUGGACAUGUCCUCACGAGAAGUGCAGGACCGUUUACGCAGUAACGUAGAAGGGAAGUACCUGAUGGACGGUGUUCCAUUCAGCUGCUGCAAUGUGAACUCCCCUCGGCCCUGCAUUCAGUAUCAACUGACCAACAACUCAGCCCACUUUAACUACAACUACAAAACAGAGGAGCUUAAUUUAUGGAAGAGAGGCUGUCACCAGGCCUUGGUGGAGCACUACACCCACAUACUGCACUCCAUCGGCCUGACGGUUCUUCUCAUCUGGCUCUUUGAGCUCUCUGUGCUUACUGGUGUUCGCUACCUGCAAACUGCUGUGGAGAACGUCCUGCGACAGGGAGACCCCGAGUCAGAAUCUGACGGAUGGCUCCUAGAGAACAGCUUUGUGGAGACUGUACGCUCCAACUUCAACAUCAUCAAAAACCUGGGGAAAUGCAAUCAAAUUGACACAGCUGUUAAUGGAGAUCCCAACAUUGACAGACCAUGUACAGCACACUAUGGCCCAGACAACGUGCCUCCCAAGGAAAUGCCUGUGGCCAGUUAACCUGGUCCUAGUCUGCUUUUGUUGGCCAAAGGUAUCAGGCUCACAACUGUGGGUAUUUGUGAACCUCUACUGUCUGAGACAAUGGCAAAUUACAGACCAUAUACAUUGUUACAGUUCUGUUCAUUGGUCAAUAACACUGUAACAGCAGAGAAAGGUUACGCUGGUGUACAUUGCUGUGCAAAGCAUUUGGAAAAUUACACAAUCUUCCCUAAAAUCUGCCUUGAUGAUCAAAUGCAGCAUAUACUCUGCCAAUCAAGAGCUGGACAACAGCUAGCUGACCAGCAGAAGAUGUGUUUUUUUUUCCCUAAAUGAGCAGCGUUUCAGCCCCCUUGACUUUCAAAGACUUAAAAAAACAGCAACCAGGAAAAACUGGUCUUGAGCUGUUUAUCAGAAGGGGCGUUUUUAAACCCUGUCCUUUUAAACUGGACAAAUUUCAUAUGAGAAAAUAUCAGGGUAAAGUAGUGAAUGAGGCCUCAUGUGCUUUACAUCUAUGCAGAUCACAAUUUUGUAUUGUAAAACUCCAUCCCGAUGGAUACCCUAGCCAACCUGCAAAUCACUAGGCUGUAAAGCCAAUAAUUUGGAACAUGUGAACAGAAAGGCAACUCGCAGAACUGAGCACACAUUAGUGUCCAACGCACAUCUUUCUACAAAUUAAUUAACGAGAAGCAUAAAAAGAUGAGACCUUGUAGGUGAUGAUGACAGGAUGUUGGAAAGUUCCUCAGUGUGCUUACUCAACUGCAGUGUGAAACAUAAACUAAUUUAACCAAAAUAAAUACAAUUUAACAAACACACAAACCUUGGUGCAGACCCUGGUCUGGGAUUCUAACUUCUUAAAAUGCGUAGACCAUCCCCUGAAAACCAACCUCGCAGCAUAUUCCCUCUUCCACCAAACUUUGUAAUUGGCACAGGCGUUAAAGAGAAAAAUUAUACACAAAUUUACUAUUCACACUAGCACUGCACAGUAUUGUAGUUCCAUCAAAUCCAACAUAAAACAGUACAUUAAGUAAAAUGCACAUGUUCUGAGGCCUUGAUGAUACCAAACCCGUCUUAUACUCUCUGACUGACGAUCACACCUUAAGUUUACUCUACAUGUGUGAGUCUGAGAAUGCCUCAAAUGUACCAUUUAAAGUGUUCCACACAAAGAUUUACUUGCAAAUUUUCCUUAAUAACAAAUCAUUGUAGAUUUGAAAAGCUGCUUUGUAGUGUUUUUGAUGCACCAUCCUGAAGUAUGAAAGUGAAUAACAUUCUUUAAUUAGAAAGCAGAACUGUGUUUACCUUCCAACUCGUGCCUGCCUACUCCUCAAUGGUACACUGGUGAGUAAACUCUUGCCAUCUGCCUCCAAGACCCCAUCCACAUAUCUGCAUAUUGUUUUGGAAAGUUUCUAUCAGUGUUUCUGAAAGUCUCAGGGUGUUAAAUUAUUUAAGAAGCAACGUAACAGCCAAAGCAAACCUAAAUUACAGCAACAACAAAAAAAGACCAUUUUUACACCCUUCAGUUUGUGCCUCUCAGGAUAAGGCCAAACUUACAACACACCCAAUACACACCCAAAACAGAUUCAAAUGAAGCACUUCAGGAUGUGGUCUUACAUGCACCCAAGUCACGCUAUAGCAGUGUAGCAGUGUAAAUGUGUGGCUUAUCAGAACAGAAUCCAGAUACUAGUCAUUUGAAAUAACUGAUGAGGUGUAAAUGGGGUCAAAGACUCAAAUCUCAAACCUUAAAAUACAUGCUAGAAAAAAAAUAAUCUUAUGACCGCAGAUAAAUAAAAACAUACCACAGUUGUUAAUGUACAUCUGCUAACAAAAAAAAAAAAAUCAGACAUGUGUAUGGGGCCUAAAAUCACUUCAAUAUCCAAAACAGAACCGGAUAUUAAGUAUCCAAUGAAUGUGUGUUUAUGAUUGGAUGAACAUGUAAAUAAAGCUUCUUUGCAUAGAUUCCAUAUGCUCUCUGUGGUUGAUGCUCCUGAUAACUGUUCAAAUCACUAACCAGAAAAGCAGUGAGCAAUGCUGAUAAUUCAGAAUAUGGUAGAUGACUGUGU